UUAGGGAUGGACUUGUAGAUUCUUACGUGUGCUAUGCUACGGACAUUUACGAAGCAUAUGUAUUAGGAAGAGGAAGAAGAGAGAUUUAGGCUUCAAAAUUCACCGCAAAUCGGAACUGAUCAAUCUCAAAACUCGCAGGAUCCUGCUCUGUGAGAUGUUUCUGGUUGGAAGAUUUUGGAGGCGUGCUUGAUACUCAAAUGUCCUUGUGUGUGUUUCUUAAAUUAUGUGUAGCACAGGCACUAAGAUUUUGAUUUCUCAAUGGGUGCCCCUAAGCAAAAAUGGACAGCUGAAGAAGAAGCAGCCCUUAAAUCUGGUGUAUCUAAGCAUGGGGCUGGAAAAUGGCGUACCAUACUCAAAGAUCCAGAAUAUAGUGCUGUUCUCUAUUUACGUUCAAAUGUAGAUCUCAAGGAUAAAUGGCGAAACAUGAGUGUUAUGGCACAUGGAUGGGGUUCAAGAGAGAAGGCUAGAUUAGCCCUCAAAAGAAUGCCACUGUUUUCUGCUCCUAAACAGGAUGGAAAUUCCUUGGCUCUAAGUUUAGUUGGCCAAAAUAAUGAAGAUACUCUUGAUGCUAAGCCUCUUGCAAUGUCUAAGGAUUAUCCACUGAUUGCUGCUCCUAAAAGGCCACUUGUAAGGCUUGACAACCUAAUAAUGGAAGCUAUAAGCAACUUGAAGGAGACAAGUGGUUCAAAUAAGACCGCAAUAGCAUCUUUUAUAGAGGAGCAAUACUGGUCACCUCCAAACUUUAAACGGUUGUUAUCAGCAAAAUUGAAGUAUUUAACCGCAAAUGGGAAACUAAUUAAGAUGAAACGAAAGUACAGAAUUGCACCACCUUCACCAUCAUCAUCAUCAAUGGAGAAAAAAAAGAGUUCACCGAUUCUGUUCCAAGAAGGACGGUCAAGAUCUUCUCCGAAAUUAGACAUGGAUGAAAUCCCAGUCCUGACUAAAGCUCAGGUAGACCUAGAGUUAGCAAAGAUGAGAAAAAUGACACCAGAAGAUGCUGCAGCGGCUGCAGCUCGAGCAGUUGCAGACGCAGAAGCGGCCAUUGCAGAAGCUGAAGAGGCAGCAAAGGAAGCUGAAGCUGCCGAAGCUGAUGCAGAAGCGGCUCAAGCAUUUGCAGAGGCGGCUGUGAAGACUCUCAAUGGAAGAAACAUUCCAAGAACGAUGAUCCCUGCUUGAUGAAUGCGCCAUAAGGAAAACUCGUAUCUAUGGAUCCUGAGAGGUCUGACUGUAAAUAGUAGUAGGAAAGAAGAAGAAGAAGAGUGCAUUUUGAUUACAUUUUUGAAGGAUUUUAGGUCUGGCUUGGUUUGACUUAAAACUCAAUAAUAAUUUAGUUGUUGUAGUACACCAGCAGCAGAUGUAACAAUGUCUUAUUAUAGAUUUUGUAGUAUGCUUCACUUCU